UGAAAUUUUCAUUCAUAUCUCGUACGUCAAAGCUCCUCAACCGCCGUUCUAUUUCUAAAAGUAAACAAACGCAGUCCAGGCGAAGAAUUCCAUCAUUCCACCAAAAUGUCCGUUCCUCUGGACGCACGGGAGAUUCUCAAUCACCUUAACCAACUUGGCUAUCGAAACAUAACUCCCGAACAGCUGAAAGAAUUCCAAAAAGACCUUCGCAAGCUGAUCAAAUUUGACACUCGAGUGGAUGCAGGCGCUUCAAACCGAGAAGCGCUGAAACAAGCGGCACAUUCAAUGAACACAUUCCAGCGGUUGCACACGCUCACGACUAUUAGCUACGAUGCGAAGCACGAUAAGAAGGGUAUUGCAAAGCCGUCUUCCGCUGCUCCAUCGGAAAUGACUGUAGGAUCGGAGCCGGACAAUGCGGCUAGAACUGAGCAGCCCCGGGGGAACAGUGCCGAUAAGGAGAAUCAGCACGAAUGCGGAAAAAGCAAAAAACCUUCGAAGGAACAUGAAUCCGCUCCGAAUAAAAUGUGGAUCCGGACAAGAAGCACAAGCGCGACGGGUUGUCGGAAAAAUGACCCUGUUGCACUGUAUCAUGCAUAUAAAAAAGAAUGGGAACGGUUCAAAGAUCGUCUACCAGGAGAAAAUAACCAUUCCGAGCUUAGAUGGAGGGUGCGAAACAAAUUAUUAGGUGAAAAGUAACAUCCCGCCAUUGACUGCCAAAUUCCGUCCAAAAAGAGCGAUUUUAGUGAUUUUAACGUUUCGUUUAUUUGCGACAAUUUUUCUUAGCAUAAGUAAAACGACUGAUUAAUGUUAUAUUAUGAUGA